AAAUUGCCGUUCGCCGGCAGCGGCGGCACAUCUGGGCGGGCACAUCUGGGCAUGCAACAUCGGCUCCCGCCGGCUUCCUCCUCCGUCCUCCAGCCGGCCGAGCGGAUCCCUCCGGGCCGCCGGGGAGACUCCUGCUCGUCAGCGCCGGGGUCCGUCUUUCGGACUGAAUAUUAAAAACUGGCAGCGCGGGGUGUGGGGCGGGGUGGAAAUAAAGGCUGCUUUUUUUUCCCCUGGGAUUUAUUUCAUGGGGAUGUGUUCAAGACAAGAGAGGAUUCAGAAGGAUAUUGACGUUGUGAUCCAAAAGUGCAAGGCGGAGAAGGACUGCCUGUUUGCAGAUUUCAGGUACUCUGACUCCACCUUUACCUUCACCUAUACUGGAGGCUCCAAAAGUGUAUCCUAUUCAGUGCAUGUCUCUGAGGAUUACCCAGAUAACACUUAUGUUUCCAGUUCUGAUAACGAUGAAGAUGUGUUAGUUACAACAGAGCCAAUUCCAGUAAUUUUCCACCAAAUCGCUACAGAAUUAAGAAAAACCAGCGAUGUCAACUAUUGCUUAUCCAUAAAAUCAAAAUUACAGAGGGAGAAUGGAGAGGGGUCACGGCACAACAGCACAGUUGAAGACGACUCUGAAGGAGAUAAUGAUUCUGAGGAAUUCUAUUAUGGAGGACAGGUUAGCUAUGAUGGAGAACUUCACAAGCACCCACAGCUGGAGGCUGAUUUGACAGCAGUGAGAGAGAUCUAUGGACCUAAUGCAGUAUCUCUCAGGGAAUAUGGAGCCAUUGAUGAUGUAGAUAUUGAUCUGCAUAUUGAUGUUAGCUUUCUUGAUGAAGAGAUUGCUGUGGCUUGGGAUGUAAUUCGCACAGAGCCUAUAAUAGUGCGAUUGCACUGUUCACUUACACAGUACUUAAAUGGUCCAGCGCCAACUGUGGAUGUAUUUCAGAUCUCUACUAAGGAAAGAUUUGGGCUGGGACAUCAGCUGAAAAAAAUCAUGCAGACAUUUGUUACACAACAGUGGAAGAACAGCAAAGAGAAAUCUAAUUGUACGCACAAUAAGAAGGUGUCUGACAAAAAGGUGAAAUCCCCUCUGCACAUCUUUUCUACACUGCGCAGGUCGCCAAGUUAUCCUCCACCUGGGUGUGGUAAAAACAAAUCAAAACUGAAGUCAGAACAGGAUGGCAUCUCCAAAACUCACAAGCUACUCAGAAGGACUUGCUCUAGCACAGUGAAGGUGGAGGAUAUGUGUGCCACAAAAUCUCACAGAACCUUUGGCCGCUCGUUGUCGAGUGACCCUAGGGCUGAACAGACAAUGGCUAUUAAAUCGCACAAACUGUUGAACCGUUCUUGCCCUGCAGCCGUCAAGCAGGAAGAGUGCAUCACUUUAAAGCCCCAUAAGCUAUUAAGUAGAUCGUGUUCUGGGGACCCUCGAUGUGAGCACAACAGCACCUUGAAGCCCCACAAACUUUUAAGCAGGUCCUACUCCAGUAAUCUUAGAAUGGAAGAAUUGGACGGAUUUAAGAAUCACAAGUUACUCAGCAAGACUUACUCCAAUGCCCCUAAAUCAUCCAAAAUGGAACCUUUCAAGGAGUCCACCAUAGCAGAGAGCAGGAGGCUCUCUCUUACCUCAGGGCUUAUUGGUAUCUUAACACCAUCUUCAUCAUCCCCUUCACAGGCUGCUCAAAACUAUGGUGCAAAAUGCAUUCCGGUACGAGACCGUGGCUUUCUUGUGCAGACUAUUGAAUUUGCUGAGCAGCGGAUACCAGUAUUGAAUGAAUACUGUGUAGUUUGUGAUGAACCCCAUGUGUUUCAGAAUGGCCCUAUGCUGAGGCCCACUGUUUGUGAACGGGAGCUCUGUGUAUUUGCUUUCCAAACAUUAGGAGUGAUGAACGAAGCUGCUGAUGAAAUUGCAACUGGGGCUCAGGUGGUUGAUCUGUUAGUAUCCAUGUGUCGGUCUGCAUUAGAGUCACCUAGGAAAGUUGUUAUUUUUGAGCCAUAUCCGUCUGUAGUUGAUCCUAAUGAUCCUCAGAUGCUGGCCUUUAACCCCAGGAAGAAGAAUUAUGACCGAGUCAUGAAAGCAUUGGACAGUAUCACUUCUAUUAGAGAGAUGACACAGGCACCUUACUUGGAAAUAAAGAAGCAAAUGGAUAAACAAGACCCGCUUGCACAUCCUCUUCUACAAUGGGUUAUUUCUAGUAAUAGAUCACAUAUUGUGAAGCUACCGGUGAACAGGCAACUAAAGUUUAUGCACACUCCCCACCAGUUCCUACUUCUCAGCAGUCCACCAGCCAAAGAAUCCAAUUUCCGAGCUGCUAAAAAUCUCUACGGAAGUACAUUUGCAUUUCAUGGUUCACACAUUGAAAAUUGGCAUUCCAUCCUGAGGAACGGCUUAGUUGUUGCUUCCAACACGAGGCUGCAGCUCCAUGGUGCAAUGUUUGGAAGUGGAAUCUACCUUAGUCCAUUGUCAAGCAUAUCAUUUGGUUACUCAGGGAUGAACAAGAAGCAGCAGAAGGUGUCAGCUAAAGAUGAACCAGCUUCAGGCAGUAAGGGCAGUACUACAUCACAGUCACAGAAGAAGGGACAACAGUCACAAUUUUUGCAAAGCCGUAACUUAAAAUGCAUAGCCUUAUGUGAAGUGAUAACCUCAUCGGAUCUGCACAAACAUGGAGAGAUAUGGGUAGUUCCCAAUACGGACCAUGUGUGUACAAGAUUUUUCUUUGUUUAUGAAGAUGGUCAAGUGGGUGAUACAAGUAUAAAUACACAGGAACCAAGCAUUCAUAAAGAGAUUCUUCGAGUCAUUGGCAAUCAAACUGCUACUGGUUAAAAGGACCACUCUUAUUUAAUUGACGUGAUUUGGAAGCCUUCCUCAGUCUCAAAGCUGGAUUUUGAACUGAAGAAGAUGCAAAAAACUAAUUUAUUAUUAUUAUUAUUAUUAUUAUUAUUAGCAAAUUAACCCUUUGAAUACUUACUGUUUUCUUACUUAGUAUUUCUUAUCUCAUCAAAAUACCUGAGAUGGUAUGAAUUAGCAACUGUAGGGGUGCAAAGUCUAUUAAUAUACUACAACUAAUAAUAAUUAAACAGGCAUUUGGCUUGCUGACAAUAAACAGACUUUAAAAAGGA